GAGAGCAGGGCGGAGGACAACAAAAAGGUUCCAGGUUGGAUAUUGGACACAGAACUCACAGUUCUUCUGCAGAGGGAUCCAAUCACGAAGGGAACCGGAGACUCAGGGCCUGGACACAGGUAGGAGAUGCAGGAAAUCCCGUUGAGCACCAACAAACAUGUCCACAAGACAUCAAUGCUGUGCUGAGAGAGAUGAGCUCCUCGUUGGCUGAACUGAAGGUGGAGGUGAGGAACUUGCAGAGAGACAAUGAAGUGAAACAAGUGGCUUUCUCAGCAUCUCUGUUGGCCUCAGGCUCAGAAAAUAUUGGACCAAUUAAUGCAAAAACACCUCUGGUCUUCAAACAUGUUGUUACAAAUAUUGGAAAUGCCUACAACCCAAAUACAGGGCUCUUCAUAGCACCAGUAAAAGGAGCCUAUCACUUUGAGUUCUACAUAUUUGGAGCUGGACAUUCCACCUAUCCUUCUGCUGCUGUUUUGUUAAAGAAUGGAGAACAUAUUUUUCUUGCACAUGAACAUCAACUUUCACAUUCUUCUACUGCUGCAAAUGGUGUCACUCUGCUGUUGGAGAUUGGAGACGUUGUGCUUUUGCAUCUGUGGGAAAAUACAUGGAUUCAUGAUGAUGAGAAUCAUCCUACAACCUUCAGUGGUCAUCUGCUUUUCACCAUGUGAGCAGCAAACAGUCCUUGUUUCUGUUUCAUUUAGUCACCUAAACACCACAAUAAUGUGUUAGAGAAUAUAAA